UGAAUCCGUUAUAUCUAAUGUUGAGAGAGCACUUGUGAAAGGGGUUGAAUCAACCAGUGACUAUAGAUAGUAGUCACUAUUAUCUAUAGUUACUGCCAUGAUAAUAAUGCUCUAGCACCAGUUAACCUAUAUAUUUAGUUGUAAAAUUAAAGCGAUAUGAAUAAAUUUAAUGAAAGAGCUGAAAAGAAUCUUAAUGCAAGGAAACAAUUUACACGUAAUCAAGAAUUAGAAAACCCUUGUUGGAAGGAACAUAAUAUAAGUUUAAAAUGUCUAGAUAAAAACAAUUACGACUACGAGAAAUGUACACUGCAAUUUGAAAAUUACAAAACCUGCAAAAGCUUUUGGAAACAUGUAGUGACUGAUAGGACAAUACGGAACAUUCAACCAGCGCUUCCAUUACCUGAAGACAGAGAAAAAGUGAAAGCACAAUAUUUCUCAUGAAAGACGAUACAUUGUUAUUUAUAUCUGUAUCUGAUCUAUGUACCAAGUUUAUAUGAAUUUCAUUGUGUCUUUGGAAACAUUUAUUUUUUAUUUAAUUAUGUAUGUAUGUACAUAGAAUAGUAAUCGCAAAUAUAGAAAUGAAAGUACAUUAAAAAUAAGUAAAGUAUAUAUAGUCUUUAAAGUAAACAAACUACACUUUACAUAAAAUCUUUUUAAUAUCUUUGGCAGGAACAAAGUUUCAAGAAUAUUUGAUUACAUUCUACGCGAAGAAUUCAUGAUGAAAAUUAUAAAUAAUACACAAUAAUAAACAAUAAACUGGUAUAUAGUUACACUGAAACAAAAAAAAAACAUUAAAUACUUAAAACGUACAGUUACAUUUAAAGAUAAUAUAAAUAGAAUAGAUUACAUAGAUCUCUUAUAAUCAUUUUGGUUAUUACAAAAUUUACCAUUUCAGGAUUAUCCAUAAUGUAGCUAUACUCCUGCUGAAACUACGUAUGUACAUACAUUAAGUUUUACAAAAAUGUGAUUAGUUCUACUAAUAUUUAAUUCUACUUAAUAUUUAAAAUGAACAUUUUUUUUUUGUUACAAGUAUAAUAUGUUACACUUUCAUAUCUAAUUGUAAGAUUACAUACGUUCUGAUGAUAUAAAAUAGACUAGUAACGUAUUAAAUGCACAUGUAUGGAAAUGACUUAAUUGGUAUCAUUAUCUGAAACAUAUUAAUGCAGAUAAUUUAAACAUACCCAAUCAACACAAAUCCAUGAACAUUUAAAUUAGCCAAAUAUAAUAUAUAUUCAAUCCAUUAUUAUCUCACUGAAUUCUGAAAAAACAUUUUUAUUUUUAUAAUAUAAAAAAUUUUCAAUUCACCUAAUGUACACGAACUGAAAAAUAAUUUAAUUAAUAUUUUCUUGGGCCAUUUGUUACGUGAUACAAAUACAAAGUCUACAGUUCUUUCUGGAAUGAAGAAUUGACUUUUUAGUAUGAUUAUCUUCAACAGCAUUAUCACUGUCACUAAUGACAAUGUACAUUAAUUGGAGAAACUUUCAGCUUAAGGAUAUCAAUUAACGAACGAGUACAAUAACACACACAUGCAUUCUCACGCGAAAUGAACGUCUCGGUCAGAAAUGUCCACCAACAUUACGUCCCGUCAGUUCUACCCUUUUAAAUUAUUUCUUCAGCUUACUCAGAAUUUUUAUGCAAUGCGAAAUACUUCUCCAUUAGACAAGGAAAAGACUGUCACAUGAUAAAACUGAGCAGGCUCGAUUUUUCACUAAACAGACAAUACAUGUUAAAAACGAAAUCCAUGAACGACAAGAUGUUAUACGUCAUAUUAAAAAAAAA